UCAAGUUUACAUUAACAACGAAGGUUUAUAUCGCUGUUUCUAUUGGUUAGUGGUUGUCGGUCGAUUAUUAUGUACAUGAAAUACACGUGGGUCGUGCCUACAGUUUUUACCAGUCGUUCAGUUUAUAUUUUGUCUUAAUUUCAUAUGAACAAGUUUCAAUAAUACUCUCUGAUGGAAACUAAAGCAUUCAGUAACAGAAAUAUGGGUAUACCAUAUAUAUCCCCUGUCUUAGAGGAGAUAGAAGAUGCAGUUGAGAAAUGGGGAGAUCCACGCACAAGAUACUGGUUUAUGUUGUUUGGGAAUCCCAUACCUGUAUGGUUACUGACAAUCGCCUACCUAGUGUUUGUGGUGUAUGCUGGACCUAGAUAUAUGAAGAAUCGCAAACCAUACUCAUUACAGACUUUCAUGGUCGUAUACAACAUAGGGCUUGUUAUUCUCUCUAUUUAUAUGUUUUUUGAGUUUAUGUUGAGCACAUCGGCAGCAGGGUAUAAUUGGCUUUGUUCACCAUAUAAUCAAAAUACAUGGAAAGACCCACGGGAAAUGAGGGUGGCCAAUGUUAUGUGGUAUUAUGGAAUAUCUAAAGCAAUAGAACUUAUGGACACAGUUUUAAUGAUAUUACGAAAGAAGGAUGCUCAGGUCACAUUUUUACACGUAUUUCAUCAUGCCACUAUGCUCAAUAUUUGGUGGUGGGUGCCAACGUUUACACCAGGUGGACAAACUUGGUUUGGCUCGUGUUUGAACUGUUUAGUUCACAUUGUUAUGUAUUCAUACUACGGUUUAGCAGUUAUACCAUCACUGAGGGAUAAACUAUGGUGGAAGAAAUAUAUUACAUCAUUCCAAUUGAUCCAGUUUGUGAUAACAUUUUCACACACGGCACAGACAUACUUUUCUGACUGUGACUUCCCGAUGUGGGGCCAGUAUCUACUGGGUGGAUACAUGAUAAUUAUGCUCAUUUUGUUUGGCAACUUUUACAUUCAGUCCUAUAUAAUGAAAAAGAAGAAUAGAAGGGACCAAGCUAAAAGAAAUGAGGCAGCAAAUGGCUAUAAAUCAAACACUUACAUUAAAAAUGGCAGCCAUAGCAAUAAAAUCAAUAGUAAACAAGUUGAUGAUAAUGUUACAAAUGGUAAUUAUAUAGUCAAUGGACAUUCAAAUGGAGUAAUCAAGAGACAUUGAUUAACUGCACUGAACAAAAUUAGGAUUUUUUAGAAAUUUUAUACUCUUAUAGUGAACAUUUUGAUGCUGUGUGUGAACAAGCCAUUUUUUGCUGGUUUUAUAUCAUCAUAUCUGUAAAUUAUUAUUGUUGUGUUAACUUAUUCUUCACACAGUGUAUUUCUGCAAUUUUUAUAUUUGUUUAAAUUCGUUUUUCCAUUUUUCAUUAAUUAAAUAUAUGCUGAUCUCAUUAAUCAAUCAGUUAUUCUAUUUAUAGGUCAUGCUACUAGUACCCUCAAAGCCAAAAUGUCAUCAAUCCAUUAAAAUGAUUUUUUAUAUUUUGCAUACCUCAGGCUGCUUUGUUAGCUGCUAAAUGAGUUAGUAUAUCAUGAGUUCAAGAUGGAGUUAUCUGCUUCUCUUUGUAAAUUCAGUUAAUCACUUCUUGCAUUGAAGUGAUGAAUUAUGAAAUAAAGCAACAAAACUACAAGGUAUUGGGCAUCAGACGCAGUAUUUUCACAUAUGGUGUAACACCAGCGAAAAUAUAAGAGCUGAUGUUUAUGAGUGAACGAUAUUUAGACCUUCUGUGUGAAAAAAAAUUUCUUUUAUUAGAUUGUCAGAUUUUUAUAAAAAAAUCUACGAGGUAUUGUUGUUACUUGAUCGUCGAUGUCGGCGUUGGUUAAAAUUUUUGUUCAGGUCCACCUUUUCUCAAAAACUAUAAAAGCUACAGCUUUGAUUUUUUGCACACUUGCUUAUCAUCAUUAGAUGACUGUGUAGACCAAGACACAUAACUCUGAUUGCAUUUUGUCAGAAUUAUGGCCCUUUUUGUACUUGGAAAGUUGGAGUUUCUUGGUUAAAUUUUUUGUUUAGGUCCACCUUUUCUCAAGAACUGUAAGAGCUACAGCUUUGAAACUUUGCACACAUGUUUAUCAUCAUUAGUUGACUUUGCAUCUGGGUAGAUUUCUUAAGAAAUAUUUAAGCAUAUAAUAACAAUCAAAAAAUUUACUAGAAGCAAAUCAAACGAAUGCCAGUUUCACAAACAAAAUCAUUUUUGUAAAAUUUUGAAUAAAAUAUUUGCACAUACAUUUUUGUCAUUUUGUUGUACCAGUUUUGUCAGGUCAGAUCAGUAGUGUGUUAUUAGCUCAUUAAAUUUUUGUUUUUCAUUAUUGUCUAUAGUUCAACAUUCCAUGAUAAGUACAUAAAUCACAGCUGGAAUGCAUAGAAAAAUUGAAGUACUUUAAAAUCCCUCAUUUAUAUGAGUUUUAUCUACAGAAGGGAAAUAAUCCAUUGAUCAUGAUUUAGUAAGCUGGGUAAGAGUUAUCUGAAAGUCAAGUCAACUUGGUUGUUUCUGAGGGCAAGAUCUUAUUCUGAAAAUGGUUAUCAGACCUCGUAGAAGCCAGAGAUAAAGCAAGAAGUGCCUAAAUGAAAUGUUGAUCUACCAGUUUUUACCAAGUUUAUGAAGAAUAAAAUGCUUCUGUUUAAGUACAAGUAAUACCAACAUUCUCUCACUUGAAAUCCCUAAUGAAUUUUAAUGAGGUACUUUUUGGUCUUUAUUCUUUCCACAUCUUUAUUCAAGAUGGUACUGUAUGGAGUUCUAUAAAUUAAGAAGAGGCUGAGAUAUAAAUACAUGCAUAGACAAAUGUAAGCAAUCCUUAUAUAAAGUCAGGCCUGCUAAAAAAUUGUCACAAAUUAAAUGGUGUGACUUGCUGCUCAUAAAUAGAGUGCAAAACUAGUAGGUAGUACAGGUGUACCAGUACAUCAAUGUAUAUGUCUUAAUAAAUGAUAUUUCAAUAUUGUGAAUUUUGACUCCUCAGACACAUAUUGAAUUAUGUAAUUAUAUCGUUCAAAUGCCUAUACAUUUACAAGCAGGACAUCUCAUCCUCUUGAUUGAAUCUGAGGAAAUUUGUCCAGUACUAGGAAUGUCUUAUGUAUGACAACUUAUUGUCUUGUGAAGAAUAAACGUUUAUUGGAUCAUUAUAUAUUACUGUUUGCAAAUGAUAAGUAUUUUGUUUAUUGCAGAUAUAUCAACCAUAAUUCAUUGAUACAGUUUGUUUAAUAAAAUGUAUCUACACUAUGUUAACAAAAGCAAUAGUUCGAGACCAGUCUCAGCAUAGUAGGCUCUGAUUGGUUGAUUUACAGAACACUUCUCAAAUGACCAAUGACAGGGUUGCUGAUGGAGACUGGUCUCCAUCCUCAAUUUUAUAACUUUUUUCACUGACUUUUGAACAAGUUUUUAUUUUCUACAAUUUAGUUUUUGUUACAUUGUUUAUAUUUGCUCAGCGUUGCUUUUUGCUAUCUAAUUUUAGUUUAAAGUUUAUAGCUAGUGCCAUUUUUAUAGAAAGUAUUAACAGUUCUAGUAGAAGAUACGAACUAUAAAGGUUAAUGUUCUUUUUUUGAAUGCACAUUAUGUGUAAGUGGUAUCUUGAAAUUUCGGUUAAUAGCUCUUCAUGUGUACUUCAAACAUUUUUAGAUAACAAUCUAGCUGUUGAAACAGUAAUAAAGAUUUUGGAUGUGUCAAGGUUACAUAUUUGUAACAUACUCGUUUCUGAACUGCACUAAGUUGCAUUGUUACCUUGAACAUAAGUAUUUUUCCAUAUUGACCUGUAAAUUUCAUAUCUGAGGUGUUUGAUGUAAUUUUGAGUGGUGCUGUCACAUUUAAAGGUCAACAACUCUGAUAGUAUCAAUUUUACUCAGGCUAAAGAACAAAUGUAUAACAUUUAUAAGUGCAUAUGGGUAUGUAAUAAAAAGGUAUAUAAAUAUGCACUAUUUCUUUCACAGAGUAACAUUGUGCUUUUAAAACCUUACAAUAUCACCACUGUAGAACUUGUACAUAAUUCUCAAUAAAAACCUGAUACUCUGUAAAUACUGUAGAGGUGUGCAACAUAGUCCUCUUUUUCUGUCACAGACUGUGAAGUACCUCUGAUUACCAGUCUAGUGGCCAGGAGUCUGAUCCCACUGAAAGGCUAAUGUUAUAUGUGAAAUGAAUUAAUGAAUUACUUUGUCUAGAGUUAUUCAUCUUUAUUUGUAGUUAAAAUGGGCAAGUAGUGAGUUUCUUCUUACAACUUUUAGGGAAUCAGGCAACACCAGACUCUUGUGCACAACUAAAAAGAGACAUGUAUUACAAUCUAUCCUAUUUAUGUGAACAGUGUAAACAAACUGAAAGAUUUUUCAAGAAGUUGAAUGUUAGAACUGAUUGAAAAUAAAAACCUUCAUCUUGUUGUUCUUCUGUUUCUCUCCAUAGCUAGGGGUAAAUAUGGAUGAAUACAUGUUAUUGUAAAUUAACAUAUAAUUAACAUAUCAUUAGUUUAGUUUAUAUAGAAUUAUUUAAGCUUGGUGUCUUUAUUCUGUGGAACCAGUCAAACGCAUUGUGGUAAAAUCCACCACUGUAUUGCUGGGAAAACUUCUGCAUUGUUUAGGAAACCAGUACUGCACUUCUGGGAAAAACCUGUUCAACAUUGUAGAGAAAAUCGUGUGCUGCACUUUUCGGAAAAACCUGUUCUACAUUGUAGAGAAAAUCCUGUGCUGCAUUUUGGGGCAAAAAAAAAAAAACUAUAUUGCAAUGUAUUUCCCAUUUGUAUUAUGUAUUAAGUAUUUUAUAUCAUUUCGUUGUUAUAAGUGUUUAUGUGAAGCAUGUUCAUUAUAAAUGAAUAAUUUUGUAAAUGUUUCGUGCCUUUAUGUAAUACAAAUGCUUUGUAUAAUUAAAAGUAAAUCCAUUUUUUCUAGAAAAUA